UGCAUUUAUAAUAAAAUGAAGACCUAUAUCAUUUUAGCCCUCUUGGUUUGCAGUGCCUUUACUCUUCCUGAACUCCAGAAUGUUGAAGCUGAGUUGCCAACUGAAUUGCAGGUAGAAACUACUGAAAGUGCCUUACAAUACUAUUAUGACUUCUUGAAGGGAGUAUUCUUAGACAAGAGUUCUUUGAUGGCUCCUCCAUUGUACAAGCAAUGCAAUUCAAAAUGGGGAAGUAAAAAGAUGGGAUCUAAGACUGUUUGUCAAGUUGGAUGCCUCAUGAGUUCAAUGUCUAUGGCCCUUGCUGGACUUGGAAAGAAAAUCAGUGGACAAACUGUUAACCCAGGAAACUUUAACGAUUGGCUUAGAUCACAUCAUGGAUACUCAGGAAACUUAUAUGUUUGGGGAGCUGCUGAAUCUACAUUUAAAGUCAAAUAUCAAGGACAAAAACAAGGAGGAACUCAUACUAUAGAUAGUAAGCACAUUACUAUUCUCAACGUUCGCAAUGGAGGACAUUGGGUACUUGCUACCAGCAAAAGUGGAAACACUUAUAAAGUUCUUGAUCCAGGAUAUCAAAAAUCAUCCUAUACUACCUCAGAAGUUGUCCGUGCUGCUAAAUACCAGAUCUUGUAAAGUACCGGAUCCUCUAGUAAUUACGUUGCAUAAAUUGCCACACAAAAGACUUUUGC